GACAACUGCUCACGGCGUCUACUUUGCUUUCGGCUGCAGCAUGCGCAUCGUCGACACCGCGCUUCUGGCCAUCGCCGGCCUCGUCGCCGGCCAAAGCGACGACGCGACGCUCCCAGUGUGCGACGCCAGCGUCAACGUCACGCACGCGACCAAGUUCAUGCCCCACUUCUACCAGUGCAGCAACGUGACGGGCGGCGUCGACAAUAUGCUCGCCAGCCCUCUGUACUGCAAGACGCCGGCGUGCACUACGUCCAUGGAUAUCGCACACAGCGUCCUUUCGACGUGCACGCCAGUCGCCGGCCUGUACUUCACACCGGGGCGGCUCUGCUCGCCCGAAUGCGUCAACAAGACGACGCAGAUCCGGCAAAUUCGCCAGCAGUGUCUCUCGACGAGCGCGGCGGCGCUUGGUCUCUGCUUCCAGUGCAAGAACUAUGUCAUCGAGAUGAAGGCGUACCGGGCGAUUUGCGAGGUCUUGGACUCGGUCGAGGCUCUGCGCAACGACCCACUUAUCAAAGCCGCCGCUGCCGUCUGCUUUACGCCGGCACCGACGACGCUUCCGCCCUCGACGAGCGACAGCAACAGCACCACGUACGUCGUGAUUGGGUGCGUAGUCGGCGUUGUCUUGGUCGCAGCCGUCCUCUUUGCGUGCUUGCGCAAGAAGACGCCCAAGGGGGACGUGUACACGAGCGCCGGCAACACGACGAAUGGGUCGGGGAACCUCCACUCGAUGCGCCUCCGGUCGGGCGAGACGACCAAUCAAACCGGCAACACGCGGGUCGCCAACGACAUCCGCUUCGACGCCGAGCUCUCGCAGUUUCGCAUUCCGCAGCAAGAGAUCCAAAACAUCUCGCUCCUUGUCAAGGGCGGGUACGGCGUCGUCUUCCACGCGACCUUUGGCAAGCAGGACGUGGCCAUGAAGCAGCUACUGCCGUCCAAGGCCAAGGACGCCGCGGCCAUCCAGGAUUUCAUGAAUGAGAUCCGCCUCUGCGCGCGCCUCGAGCACCCCAAGAUCGUCAAGUUUGUCGGUAUCUCGUGGUCGACGCUCCAGGACCUUGCAGUCCUCUCCGAGUUCAUGUCGAACGGCGACGUGACGGGCCUCAUUCGCAAGGAGCGCAAGAGACCCGAGGGCUCGCGCCUCCUGCAUUGGUUUCCCCAAGGUAGCUUUCCCGCAACAAAGACGUCCAUUUCGGCCGACACGGCGGACGCGCUCGUGUACCUGCACUCGUUCCAGCCGACGGUCAUCCACCGCGAUCUCAAGUCCAAGAACGUGCUUCUGAGCGAAACCUGGGAGGCCAAGCUCAGUGACUUUGGCAUCUCGCGCGUCACGAGCUUGGAAGAGUCGAUGACGUCCAACAUUGGCACGAUCGCGUGGAUCGCGCCCGAGGUGCUCACGGGCGGCCGCUACACGGAGAAGGCCGACAUCUACAGCUUUGGCGUGCUCAUGGCCGAACUUGAUACGCUCCAGGUGCCUUACGCAGAUUUGCUCGGAAAGGCGAGCGAAAACGGCUUCUCGAAUGCGCGCCUGGCGAUGAUGGUCAGCGAAGGCGAGCUGCAGCCGUCGUUCACCGAGUCGAUGCCGUCGGAGCUCCUCGCGCUCGCCCGCGAGUGCCUCUCGUUCCACGACAACGACCGUCCGUCGGCGAUCCAGCUGUCGUACAAGCUCCACAAGAUUUUGAACGAGAACAACUACCAGUAG